CUACACUACAUAACAGCCUCUCGGUUCUUCUACUUUUCUGUUUAGCGGGACCGAGGCAGCCAUGGAAGCUCUUACAAUUUCCUCCUCUGUUCUAUCGCUUAACUUCCCUGCUGCUUCCCCCGGCGACACACACAUAUCCAAACCCAAGUCGCCAAAUUUCCGGUGUUUUCCGGAACCCAUUUCAUCUUUCCGGGGACGGCUUACCCACAGAUCAAAAUCCAAGCUUUUUCCUUCCAACGCCAUAUCCUCACCAUCGCCGCCGUCCUCUGUUUCAGCGGAACCGUCCCCGCCGGAAAUUGAAGAAGAAGUCGCCGUCGGCGAGGAGAAGUUCGACUGGUACGCGCAAUGGUACCCGGUGAUGCCGUUGUGUGAUCUGGACAAGAGGGUCCCACAUGCGAAGAAGGUAUUGGGGAUUGAUGUGGUGGUGUGGUGGGACAGGAACGAGAAUGCAUGGAAGGUGUUCGACGAUAUGUGUCCUCACCGCCUGGCUCCGCUCUCCGAAGGAAGGAUCGAUCCGUCGGGAAGGCUGCAGUGCGUUUAUCACGGAUGGUGUUUUGAUGGCUCCGGUAGCUGCAAGCUGAUCCCCCAAGCUCCUCCCGACGGUCCCCCAGUUCACACCAACAAAAGGGCUUGUGUUGCAGCUUACCCAACCAUUGUGCAUCAUGGCAUGGUGUGGUUUUGGCCCAACUCUGAUCCUCGGUACAAGGACAUUUUUGAGAAGGAGAAACCUCCUUUCAUUCCGGAGUUGGAUGAUCCAUCGUUCACGACGGUGAUGGGCAGUCGAGAUCUGCCUUAUGGGUAUGAUGUAUUGAUAGAGAACCUUAUGGAUCCUGCUCAUCUUCCCUACGCGCAUUAUAAGCUUGGACCAACACAGCCCUUCAAGGAAAUGCGCGACAGAGAAGGCGGAAGACCACUUGAUUUUGUGGUGAAGAAUCCAGGGAUAGGAGGAUUUGAUGUGGAUAUGGGAUUCGGUUGCAUUAAUUUCCAUGCACCUUGCAUCAUUUCUUACCAUACUGCUCUGCCUUCUGGAACCGAUGAGGAGCGGAAGACGGCAUUAAUAUUCAUCUGCAUUCCUGUCAGUCCGGGCAACAGUAGAUACAUUUGGGCUUUCCCAAGGAAUUUCGAUACUUGGGUUGACAAAAUUUUGCCCAGAUGGAUGGCACACAUGGCAACGAACGUGCUCUUGGAUUCCGAUCUGUAUCUUCUUCAUGUAGAGGAACGUAAAAUCAAGGAAAAAGGGCCUGCGAAUUGGCAGAAGGCAUGUUUCUUGCCGAUCAAGUCUGAUGCUCUGGUGGUUGGCUUUAGACAAUGGUUCAACAAAUAUGCAGAUAGUAAAGUCGACUGGGGAAGCAGGUGUACUGAUGAUCUUCCUCCAACCCCGCCAAGAGAACAACUUAUGGAUAGGUACUGGAGCCAUGUGGUGAACUGCAGUAGCUGCAAUCGAGCAUACAAGACUCUGAACGCUAUCGAGACCGUGCUCAAGGUCGUCGCAGUUGGAUCGAUCGCCGUUGCUGCAGCAGCUGCACAGGGGAUGUUGUCGGGGGCUGCGAGAACCAAACUCGCAGUCUUCGCUACAGCCUGCUACGUAGCUUCGAAGUGGCUGGCUUAUUUCGUUUACAACAACUUCCGCUACCAUGACUACAAUCACUCGGUUCCUGAGAAGGUGAUGCUUCUUGCUCGAAUUUGGAACGUCGGUGCUGCUUAAUUAGUAGCUGUAGCCGUGCGGUGGGGAUGCAGAAUGGUUUGCUCACGAUCUUGGCGAAUGACCAUUGUCAUAAAACAAAUCAAUUCCUGAAAAAAUGUUACAGUAGAGUAUUUAUGUUGAUCUGCUCCAAUUGUUGUACAACCAGAAACAGCUUUGUCUCUGUUUCCUCGAUGGAUGAGUGAUGAUUUCGAUUCAAACCCUUUCGAAUAAAGGUCAAUGCUUGAUGCUUAUGAAACCUAUGCUACUUGCAAAGAUUCUUCAUGGAACCCUCUGUUUCUACUGCUAUAACUACUGCGCAUCCUCUGCAAGUGGAAGGGAGACAAGGAGUAAUGGCCGUGCUAAGCUGGCUUACCAUUCUUCUGUCCACUAGCCAAACCAAACUUGUCUCCAAUAUUAGGGUAAAUUGCAUGGUUGGUCACUGUGAUUACUAAAAACGUUCACGUUUGG